AAAAAAAAAUACACAGUUUAUUCUUUACUUGACUUUAACAAAACAAGCAUAGUAUAUAACAAUUAUAACAAUGCCUGAUAACACAGUUUCCAAAAACGACAAGAACCUUCGUUUACUAGUUGUAUCCAACAGAUUGCCUGUAACCGUCAACAAGGAUGAUAAAACUGGCGAAUAUGCUUUCAAAAUGUCCUCUGGUGGUUUAGUAGCUGCAUUAAGUGGUUUAAAGAAGAUGAUGUCUUUUACUUGGAUCGGUUGGCCUGGUUUGGAUGUCCCCCACGAUGAUCGUAAAGAUCUUGAAGAUAGAUUAUUAAAAGAAACAUCUACUAUGCCCGUCUUUGUUGAAAAUGAAUUGGCUGAUUUGCAUUAUAACGGUUUUUCAAACAGUAUUCUUUGGCCUCUUUUCCAUUAUCAUCCUGGAGAGAUUUCUUUCAAUGAAGAAUGGUGGGAAGCUUAUCAAAAAGUCAACUUAAUGUUUGCUGAAGCUAUUGCAAAAAUCGUACAAGAUGGCGAUCUUGUCUGGAUUCAAGAUUAUCAUUUAAUGUUGUUACCCGCUAUGCUUAGAAAAAUCACCAAGAAGAACAUCAAGAUCGGUUGGUUCUUACACACUCCAUUCCCUAGUAGUGAAAUCUACAGAAUUUUGCCUGUUCGUAAAGAAAUCUUGUUGGGCGUUUUAGAAAGCGAUUUGUUGGGUUUCCACACCUACGAUUAUGCUCGUCACUUCUUAUCUUCUUGUACUCGUAUCCUGGGUCUAUCCACUAUGCCGAAUGGUGUCGAAUUCGAAGGUCGAUAUAUCCACGUCGGUACUUUCCCUAUCGGUAUAGAUCCCGAAAAGUUUACCGACGCUCUCAAAGAAACUAAAAUUCAAAACCGUAUUGCCCAAUUAAAGAGUCGGUUCGGUGAUUGUAAGGUGAUUGUAGGUGUCGAUAGACUUGAUUAUAUCAAGGGUGUUCCUCAAAAGAUGCAUGCUAUGGAAGUCUUCUUGAGUCAACAUCCUGAGUGGGUAGGUAAGGUCGUACUUGUGCAACUCGCUGUACCUUCGCGUGAGGAUGUGGAGGAAUAUCAACAAUUAAGAAGUACUAUCAAUGAAUUGGUUGGUCGUAUUAAUGGUCAAUACGGUACUGUAGAGUUCGUUCCUAUCCAUUUCAUGCAUCGUUCUAUCCCCUUUGAUGAACUCGUGGCUCUUUACGCUGCCGCUGAUGUCUGUCUUGUCUCUUCUACACGUGAUGGUAUGAACUUGGUCUCUUAUGAAUAUAUCUCGGCUCAACAAGAAAAACAUGGUGUUCUUAUCCUUUCCGAAUUUGCUGGUGCUGCUCAAUCCUUGAAUGGAUCCAUCAUUGUUAACCCUUGGAACACUGAAGAAUUAGCAAACGCUAUCCACGAAGCUGUCACCAUGCCCGAGGAUAUUCGUAAGGUCAACCAUCAAAAAUUGUAUCGCUAUGUCACAAAGUAUACAGCUGCGUAUUGGGGUGUAAGUUUUGUCAAUGAAUUAAGACGUGUCAGCGAAGAAUUCGGUCAGCGUAUGUCCAUUCCACAAUUAAAUGCCAAUACAGUCAUUACCAAAGCAAAGGAGUCCACCAAAAAGAAGUUAAUUUUACUCGACUAUGAUGGUACUUUAACGACUACACACAAGUUGCCUGAAUUCGCGAAACCUUCUCAAACUGUCUUGGGUCACCUCAAGACAUUGGCUGAACAACCCGAUACAUACGUCUACAUUCUCUCUGGCCGUUCUCGUCAUCAUUUGGAUAGCUGGUUUGAAUCUACCGGUGUCGGACUUUCGGCCGAACAUGGUUGUUUCUACAAACAUCCUGCCAGUAUCCGUGACAAGAUCAACCCCGUAGCAGCAUCAAACGAAGGUAAAUUAAUCAAGGAAGAAGAUAAUAAGUGGUACUGCCUUGUGGAACAAGUAGAUCCUAGCUGGAAGGAAACAAUUCGACCUCUUUUCCAACAUUAUACCGAACGUACACCCGGCUCCUUUAUUGAAGAGAAAGAAAUCAACUUGACCUGGCAUUAUCGUAACGCAGAUCCAGAAUUCGGAUCUUGGCAAGCAACCGAAUUACAAGUGAACCUGGAAAAGCUAUUGAGUCAUAUGGCACUUUCAAUUGUGCUUGGUAACAAAACUUUAGAACUUCGUCCUUCUUCUAUUGAUAAAUCUACAGCCGUGCGCAACAUUCUUAAGGAUUUGGAUAUGUCUUCUAUUGACUUUAUCUUGUGUGUGGGUGAUGGAAAGACUGACGAGGUCGUAUUCUCUCUCUUGAACGAAAUUCCUCAAGCCAUUACAAGUACUGUCGGAAAGAAACAAACAGAGGCUCAUUACUAUAUUCCUGAUGUUGAUCAAGUGAAUAGUCUUGUAGACGCAUUAGGACAAAUUUAAACAACCCUUUCUUUUUCGGCCUGCUCACAUUUACUUUAAUAUUUUUUUUUUGUAAUAAACAUACACGCAAUACAUAUUAUAAUCACACACAU